AUGUCUUCAGUAAGAUCUGAAUAUACAAUUGGUGGGGUGAAGAUUAAUUUUCCUUGUAAAGCAUAUCCAUCACAGCUUGCUAUGAUGAAUUCUAUCGUCAGAGGAUUAAACAGUAAACAACAUUGUUUGUUGGAGAGCCCCACAGGAAGUGGGAAAAGCUUAGCUUUACUUUGUUCUGCUUUAGCAUGGCAACAGUCUUUAAGUGAGAAGCCAGUUGAUGAAGGAUCAAGUAAGAAAGCUGAAGUGCCAUUGUCUUGUUGUUGUACAUGCCAUUCAAAGAAAUUUUCAAACAAUGAUGUGAACCAAGGAACUUCACAUCAUUUUAACAUCCCUAGUACGCCACCUUCUGAAAGAAUCGACACAUCAGCUUGUCAAGACUCGCCCAAAAGAACUUCACUGGCUGCAAAGUUGUCUGCCAAGAAACAAGCUUCUGCUUAUAGAGAUGAAAAUGAUGAUUUUCAAGUAGAGAAAAAAAGAAUUCGUACCUUGGAAACCACACAGGAGAUUAGAAAGCGGCACUCUGUUAAAAAGGAGGUACACCUCUCAGAUACAAAAGUUGCUUCAGGGAAUAUCACAAACCCCAGUUCUCCAUUAGGAAAGACAAACUCCGUUCCUUCACAGAAUCACUCUGUAAUGAAAUCUGCUGUUACUGGCAACCUGAGAGGGGAAUGUAACAAUUCCAGCAUGGCUGUAACUUCAUCUGCUUUGACCGACUGUUUAUUUGGCACAUCAGUGAACCUUUUAUCCCAUCCUGACAUUAGUUCUCUUUUCUUUUCUUUGUUACAGCCUUCUGGUAUCUGUUCUAGCUGCCAUUGUUCUACUAAACAAGGAAACAGUCAAGAUUCUUCAGAUACCAUUAAAAAGGACCAAGGGGGGAAAUCCAAGAUACCCAAAAUAUAUUUUGGGACUCGCACGCACAAGCAGAUUGCUCAGAUUACUAGGGAGCUCCGGAAGACAGCAUACUCAGGGGUCCCAAUGACUAUUCUUUCCAGCAGAGAUCAUACCUGUAUUCACCCUGAAGUAGUAGGUAACUUUAACAGAAAUGAAAAGUGUAUGGAAUUUCUGGAUGGAAAAAAUGGCAAAUCCUGCUAUCUUUAUCAUGGAAUUCAUAAAAUUAGUGAUCAGUACACAUUACAGAAUCUCCAUGGGAUGCAUAAGGCAUGGGAUAUAGAAGAACUCGUCAGCUUAGGAAAAAAAUUAAAAGCAUGCCCAUAUUACACAGCACGAGAACUAACAGAAACUGCUGAUAUAAUUUUUUGUCCAUACAACUAUCUUCUUGAUGCACAGAUAAGGGAAACUAUGGAUAUCAAUCUGAAAGAACAGGUUGUCAUUUUAGAUGAAGCCCAUAACAUUGAGGAGUGUGCUCGCGAGUCAGCAAGUUUCACUAUAACAGAAGUUCAGCUUCGGUUUGCUCGAGAUGAACUGGAAGUAAUGGUCAACAAUAAUAUAAGGAAAAAAGACCAUGGACCCUUACAAGCUGUGUGCUAUAGCCUCAUUAAUUGGUUAGAAGCAAAUUCUGAACAUCUUGUAGAAAGGGAUUAUGAGUCAUCCUGUAAAAUAUGGAGUGGAAGUGAAAUGCUCUUAUAUUUUCACAAAAUGGGCAUUACCACUGCUACCUUUCCCAUUUUGCAGGGACAUUUUUCUGCUGUACUUCAAAAAGAAGAAAAAAUCUUUCCAAUUUAUGGUAAAGAAGAGUCAAGAGAAGUUCCAAUUAUUAGUGCUUCUACUCAGAUAAUGCUCAAAGGACUCUUCAUGGUGCUCGAUUAUCUCUUUAGGCAAAAUAGCAGAUUUGCAGAUGAUUAUAAAGUUGCUAUUCAACAAACUUACUGUUGGACAAACCAGUAUGAUACUUCAGAUAAAAAUGGGUUUUUCGUUGUACCAAAAAAUAAAAAACGUUCACGACAGAAAACUGCAGUUCAUGUGUUAAACUUCUGGUGCUUAAAUCCAGCUGUGGCCUUUUCAGAUAUUAAUGGAAAAGUUCGGACAAUUGUUUUAACAUCUGGCACGUUAUCACCAAUGAAAUCCUUCUCUUCAGAACUUGGUGUUACAUUUACUAUCCAACUGGAAGCUAAUCAUGUCAUUAAUGACUCACAGGUUUGGGUUGGCACCAUUGGGACAGGCCCUAAGGGUCGGAAUCUCUGUGCUACCUUCAAACACACGGAAACCUUUGAGUUCCAAGAUGAAGUGGGAGCACUUCUGUUAUCUGUUUGCCAGACUGUGAGCCAAGGAAUUUUGUGUUUCUUGCCAUCUUACAAGUUAUUAGAAAAAUUAAAAGACCGUUGGUUCUACACUGGUUUAUGGCAUAAUCUGGAAUUGGUGAAGACAGUCAUUGUUGAACCACAAGGAGGAGAGAAAACAGAUUUUGAUGAAUUACUGCAGGUAUACUAUGAUGCAAUCAAGUAUAAAGGAGGGAAAGAUGGAGCCCUCUUGAUAGCAGUUUGUCGUGGUAAAGUGAGCGAGGGUCUGGAUUUCUCAGAUGACAAUGCCCGUGCUGUCAUAACGAUAGGAAUUCCUUUCCCAAAUGUGAAAGAUUUACAGGUUGAGCUGAAGCGACAGUAUAAUGAUCAGCAUUCAAAAUCAAGAGGUCUUUUACCUGGCCGUCACUGGUAUGAAAUUCAAGCGUAUAGGGCCUUGAACCAGGCCCUGGGUAGAUGCAUUCGACACAAAAAUGACUGGGGAGCUCUUAUUCUAGUGGAUGACCGCUUCAGGAGUAACCCAGAUCGCUAUAUAUCUGGACUUUCUAAAUGGGUAAGGCAGCAGAUUCAUCACUAUUCAACCUUUGACAGUGCACUACAUUCCUUGGCUAAAUUUUCCAAAAAGCACCAAAAGAUCAUUGAUGUAUCCAAAGAAGACAGUGAGUCUACAUUUGAAGCGGCCUGUUUAAAGGACAGUACCUCAACUUGUUUAUUAGAAGCAGAAUGUCAUUUGUCAUUAGAAAACCCAAAGGAAAAUGAAACAAAAAUGUGUGUCCAAGAACUGCAUUGUCCUACCAUGGGAAGUCUGUCACCACCAAGUGGCAUCAACUCUAGAGAGGAAAAAAAUGAUCCAGACUUAGUGGAAGAGUCUACCCUAGCAAUGAAAGCAGAAAAAAUUGUGAUUUCCCGAUCCACAAGCCCAACAUUUGAGAAAGGAUUAAAAAGAUUCAAAUGGACUAAGUUUAAUUCUUCAGGACCAUAUUUUACUGGUAAAAUUCUUUCUACAACAUCUACAGCAUCAGGGGAUUUUACUUUUCCUUCCGAAAUAGAAAAGGGAUGUGAAACUGUUUUAUCUGUCACUGAUAAAUGUGAAUCCUCAGCUCUGACAGAAAACACAUCCUUUGAACCAUGUUCUCAACCAGAAACCAUUCCAUUAAUAAAAACUGAUGCUUCUCUUCCCAAAGAGAAUCAUUCUGGUCAACAGCUCUGCAGUGAAGAAGUCCUGAAUGCUGGCAUUGAAUUGCCUCUAGUACAUGAAGAAGACUCUCUUUCCACUUCCAGGGGAUCUUUUGACUCUAACGCAGAAGAUGAAUCUAUCUAUUUUACACCUGAACUUUAUGAUCCUAUCGAUACAAAUGAAGAAAAAAAUGAACUCAUUGGAACUGACAAUGACGAAAAAUCACCAAAUAAUUCAAAUUGUAUUUUGGUUGAAGAUCUCUUUGAUGAGGAAGAAAGGGAAUUCAGAGAAGUUAAAGCUGAGGAAUGCACAAACAGAAGAUUGAAGAGUGUGGUGCAUAGUAAGGAUAUUAAAAUGAAUGACAUUGUUAGUAAUGUAAAAGCAACACAAUUAGAACUAAGAAAAACCUAUGAGAUUGAAUAUCAAAAACUUUUGAAGAAAUCUUCCAAAAAUAGGGGCCGGAGCAAUACUUUCAGUGCAAGUAUGACUGAGAAGAAUAUUACUUAUGUUCCAAAUGACUAA